AUGGCGGAUCCGGAGGUUCAGAAGGCCGACGACUUGCGCAAGUUUCGGUGAGAAAUCGGAUUCCUUGCCCUUCGGGAACCGUAAAUUUGAGAGAGUGCAAUUGGUAUUUUGAGCAACGAGAAACACUGAGAGCGAGCCGAGAACUGUGCGGAAUAAUGGGUCACGAAUCAGUUGGAUGCAAUUGUUUCGAAGUGAUUUCAGUUUGGUUCAAAUCGUUUUCAGCGCCCCUUUGCAGAGUAAUUUGGAAGGAAUUCCACCGGAAUUGCCAGGAUUCACCAUAAUACAACCGGAUCCGAAGUUCAAUAAUGAGCACGGUAUCGUUGAUUAAUCAGAAGAGUCUAGAAGAGAAAUUGCAGGGAGGACGGUCGCCAGUCUGUUUGUUUCGGCGGCAGAACCACCGGCAAAGAAGAGGAAGACCCAAGAGAAGGUGAGUUCGACUAUGGGAUUCCGGUUCGAAAUGUAUUCGCAGGUGAAAUAUUCUGGAGAAGGGACGACAAAGACACGAAAGCCAUACGCGUUCAAGGACAGAGAACGGGAAAGCGCAGAGAAACGGAGGGAAAUCAAGAAGAAACUGUUCAUGGAUCUCGGAAUUGUUCGGACGAAUUGCGGAAUUGAUGUGAGAAUUCGCUGAAAUGUAUUAUUUUCAUUCAGUCGAGAAUCAUAGAAUGAAGAAAAGAAACGGGAAGAGGCGAUGAAACGGAAAGUGACGGAGACGAUCGUGACGACGUACUGUGAGCUGUGCGAGCAGAACUUCAGCAGUUCCAAAAUGCUCCUUCUCCACAGAAGCAAAGUGAUCGUUCCCUUGCCUUUCCCCCUUCCAAUUCCAGCUUCUUCCAGGUUCACGACAGUUCCACCCUUGAAUGCCAUCUGUGCCUGAAACGGUUCGAACAGACGCUCCAUUUCAAUCGUCACAUGAAGACUCAUUAUGGUCCGAAUGCCCAGUAUCACGUGCAAUGCGAGCUCUGCGAUCGAAAAUUCAAAGACAAGGAAUCACUGAAAACGCACAUGGAAGUGUCCCACGAGACGGUCACAGAGAAUAAACCUCUCUGA